AUGUCCGCGGCAGGUGACGCGCCCGCUCCGUCUCAGGUCGGCGGAGCGUUCGGCUCUCCACUCACCUGCGCAGAUGACCUCUGGCGCAUCACCAAACUGUGGGACGAGAGCGGCUCGGGCGUGCGCGCCGCCCUGCUCGCCAGCUUCCUGGGACGCUUCAGCUCCGAGCCGGCAGUGGAUCUGGAAACUGCGCUGGUCGGAGGAGCCAGUUUACUCCUGGCGCGAUUCGUGGCCGCGCUCCGGCUCAACGGGUCUCACUUUAGCGGCGGAGGGGUGACCGGCUUCAGCACACCGCUGUCGCCCCUGCUGGCUGCACUACGGGUGUUCCUCCGCGCGCAGCAGUGUCAUCGGUUCGCCGCUGAAGCCCUGGAGGCAGGCGCUCUGGACGCGCUUCUCGCCACUCUGAGGCGUGCGAAACUGCGUGCGUCGCACGCGGACGCGGUGCUGCGCACGCUCUCUCUACUGCUCGCAGCGGGGAGGAGGUUCAAAGAAGCGUUUGUCGUCGGUGAUGGCCUGCGUGUGCUGUGUGAGCUGCUGGGCCGAAGACAGGUCUCCACACCGGCUGUAGCCGGGCGCGUAGAGCGACUGCUGAUGCAGCUUCACGAAGGAAACCCACGAACCGUCGAGCAGCUCGCUGAAUUCAUGUGUCAGCUCACAGAGUCCACUGAAAGUCAGGCUCAGCUCGUGGCCUGCCGGCUGCUGGCUGCCGUGCUACCGCGCGUGCCGGACCACCAGCGCGCCGCUGUGGCUCCUCUCCUGGCCCUACUGCGUCACCCAGACGUCAACCUACACGUAGAGGUAGCUGAGGCGCUGCGAGUCCUCCUCAACACCAGCGCACGUAACGAUGUGAGUCACAGACGGAGGCAGCGCGACUCCUGCGCCGCCUGGCUGCGAGGCACGAGGUACGGGUUCGCCUGGAGGCUACACUGGGAGCCGGACAGCUCGCGAGGCUGCGGCAGGACCCUCGCCGGUUCGCCACGGAACUGA